AUGUCGGGAGAAAUCGAAGAGGAGUUGGCUAAAUUGAACAAAAAUCACGUCGCUGCCAAGACGGAAAGCAACAAUGACACGGCGCUCUCUGCUAGCUCUGGUGCCAUCCAUUUGGAUGUUGGCGGGUUUCAUUUUACGACUACAAAGGAAACUCUCUGCCGCGUCGAAGGGUCUGUGCUUGAAGCCAUGUUUUCGGGUCGCCAUGACAAACCAGCCAUACUUGACAAUGGACGGUUUGUCAUUGAUCGCCCUGGAGAAAAUUUUCAUCAUAUGCUGCAGUUUCUACGCACGGGAAGUGUCGUGUCCUUGCCGAGCGACCAUGAGACACGCGAGGCCCUGACAUUGGAAGCCGAUUACUACGGCAUUCAGGCCAUCGCUCGCGCUUGUCGACAGCCUUUGAUACAUACAUGGUCUUGCUUGCCAACGGAUGUGCAGGAAUUCUUUCGAGAGGAAGAAAAGCUUCGGGCGGCCUUCUCCGAAGAGGACCUGAUCGUGGCUGAUCUAGACCCUCUCAAGUAUCUUGUCCCACUGUUCGGUUCAGGUGGAGAGGAUUCUGUGGAGUUGCCGAUCACGUUUGAGCGCACCAAAGAUUGUGGCAUGCAGGGUACGAUCUUUACCCAUCGAACGCUUCGAGAGGUUGGUAAACCGCUGACGGUCACUACGAUGGAUAAUGGACCGGGCAGAAGAGUGAUAUUGAUUUGUUCCAGAGGAGGCCACCGCAUUGCCAAGCGCAUCUACUACGCAUUGGCGGUCGACGACGAGCGGUGGGUUAUUGUGCGAAGCGGUGGAGUGAUCACGAUUCAUGAUUGGCGUGGAAGUUGGGCUAGCAGCACCGUGGUUGUCCAGAUUGUCCUUCGUCGCUACAAGUGCCCCGCAGAAAUACUGCUCGGAUUCGACGUGGACAGUUGUUGCUGCGCCUAUGACGGCAAAGAUGUUUUGGUGAACUCACGAUGGAUUCGGGCUGUCAAGACCCAAACCAACAUCAUAAACCCCUUGCACGCUUGGCCCAACAAACCGUCUUACGAAUUGCGUCUCGCAAAAUACAUGGCGCGAGGGUUUGCUAUCGUUGUUCCUGCGCUUGAUCAGAAUCAAGUGACAGUCAUCAUCUAUGAUGCAAUUGUGAAAAGCAGUCUGCCCGAUCUAAAGGGACUGGCUCGGCUACUCAAGAUAGUGUUCGAGUUGGACCUUGCUCGUGAAUCUUCACGUGAUGAAUUCGAGCUGAAUAGUAUAACAGAUUUGGGGGGGCGAGGCAAUUUUCGAUUGCGGCACCACUUUGUAGCAGAUCUGAGCGACUGCGAAAAGCUUGUUCAUGGCAAGGCACUCCAGGAAUUUUUCGAUGACUACCACAACGAUGACAAGUUCGUCAAUCGUUGUCGUGUUUAUGCUCCGCUCGCACUCUUUCGUGAUGAAUACCGCCACGAGCCCAAUUGGUGCUUGCCCGAAAUGUGGGAUCGCAGAAUCUACAAUUUCAAAAAGUCCAGCGCGAAUCGGGAUGAGGUCUGGCAGCAGUUUGAGGAUUCCGACGGACAGGCUCCACCUGGUGUCCCCGACAAGCUCGUGGAUUCUUGGCAGUCGGGCAAGUGUUCUCGGGAGUAUCUCAACGCCACGGGAAUCGACAAGGCUGACCUUGACAGCAUCUAUUAUGCCCAUGCUUUCGGAUGUAAUGACGAGUAA